AUGGACGAACAAAAGAAAGAAUACGAGAAACUAAAGAAGAAGCUUCGAGAUGCUUUAGUACAGAAGAAACAACUCGAAGCCAAGUGGAAUAGUUUAGAGCAAGAGGUAUACGAUAAAGAAACAGAGUAUCUAUCACAGAAACCAUCUUCCAGAAUGGGGAACAUUCUGCUCGGGUUUCAGGGUUUCAACAAGAGCAGUUCUGCGCAGCAGAUAUUGUCUGACCACUCACAUUCGUCAAAUGCCCAGCCAUUGGACGAUAAUGAUCGCAUUUUUUCAUUAAGUUCGUACCUUUUUGCAAAACAAUUGGCUGCUUCCAAUCAUCAAGAACAAACGAAGUCCAAUGAUUGA